AUGUUCCUGCGACUGGACCGAUUGCUCGUCGUUAUUCUAACAUUAUCACUCGAACAUGUUCAACCGACGAAGGAUACGGAACUGCCCAAUUGGCCGAGUUCGUUCGAAAACAGGACGAAAGUUACAUCGUUCGCAUCCUGGUUGAUAGGUAACACGGCACCAAAUCGGGAAUAUGAAUAUGAAGGAUACGACGGUUUCUAUAACAACUUCGCACGUCCCGAUUCCGGAGCGAUUGACAGACCCCUUUUGAGGAGGGCUGCAAAUGCUUACGCGGAUGGAGUUUACCAGCCCGUCGAGGGUCGUCCAAAUCCCCUCCUCCUGAGUGAAAGACUGUUAAAAGGAGUAACAGGAACGCAAUCCCAACUUGGGCGUAACGCCUUUAUUGUAUUUUUUGGUCAACAAGUCGUUGAAGAAAUCUUGGAUGCUCAAAGACCUGCUUGUCCUCCGGAAUACUUCAACAUAGGCAUACCCGAAGACCACAUUUAUCGGAAGCAAUAUAAUCACACGGAACUACCUUUGCUCAGAACGAGAUACGACCAAAGAACAGGAUUCAGUCCCAACAAUCCCAGACAACAGUUGAAUGAAAUCACUCCUUAUUUAGAUGGGAAUUUGUUUUACGGAAUAACCAAACAAUGGGCUGAUCAACUCCGAACUGAUGAAAACGGCAAAAUUGUACCUGGUGGACGAUUGGCCACUUCAUAUGCGGGAAGAUUUCCUGCCUUCAACACACAAAGGUUACCCAUGGCUAACCCACCUCCUCCCUUCUAUCACGCGGACCACGUAAGGAACCACGAAACGGCCAAAGUAUCCAGAUUUUUCAAGCUGGGUAACCCACGUGGAAACGAGAACGCCUUCCUGCUAACGUUCGGCGUGCUGUGGUUCCGUUGGCACAACUACCUAGCCGACCACAUCGCCCAAACGCACAAAGACUGGAGCAGCGAGAAGGUGUUCAACGAGGCCAGAAAAUGGACCAUAGCCACCCAGCAGCGAAUCGUCAUGUACGAGUGGCUGGACCAAUGGGUUCCGGGCACCACGAAGGCGCUCGGACCCUACAAAUACGAUCCGAGCAUCGAUCCCCAGAUCGAUCAGUUCUUCCAAUCGGCCGCCUUCAGGUUCGGCCACACGUUGGUGACGCCCGGAGUUUACCUCAGGGAUUACAUCCGGUCCGGGUGUAAGACCAAAUUCGACAGCUGGGGCAAGAAUUCCGUUCGUACCUGCAACAUUUUUUGGCGGCCUCAGGAACCGAUGCUCAAAGAGGAGGGGUCGGAUAUAAUCGACAUUGAUCGGCUUAUAAUGGGCAUGACUUCUCAGUUUUGCGAGCAGGAGGACAACAAGAUUGUUGAGGAUUUAAGAGGGAACGUUUUUGGGCCGCUGGAGUUUCCCAGAAGGGAUCUGAUGGCCGUCAAUAUUCAAAGAGGAAGAGACCACGGGUUGCCGGACUACAACACGGCGAGGCAAGCUUUUGGUUUACCCAGAAUGAGCUUUGACGGCUUCUCUGCUUUCGGUCGCACACCACAAGAAAUUCAAGAAUUGAAGACAUUAUACAAUAAUGACGAUAAGAAUAUUGACGUUUGGGUAGGGGGAAUCUGGGAAACGACCACGUCUGGACCAGGGCCACUUUUUUCUACCAUUAUUCAAGACCAAUUUAAAAGAAUUAGAAAUGCCGACAGGUUCUGGUACGAAAAUUAUGAAAUGAAUGGGUUGUUUACAAAGGAAGAAGUAGAUAGGAUAAAUCAAAUAUCUAUUUAUGACGUGAUCAUGGCAGUAACAAAACUGGAUAAGGAUGACAUUCCCAAAAACCCCUUCAGAGCUCCCCUUGAAGGAGUAGAUGGAGAACUUAUAACGAAAUGUAAAUUAAGCAAUACACUUGCACUUAUGAACAACAUUACUUACAAAGCUUUACCUGCAUUAAAUGAUAUAACUUUAAAUGAGACAUGCUUUCAAGGUGGUUCAUAUGAUUAUUUUUCAAAUAGUGAGGUAUCCUAUAUCCUGACGUUUACCUUUGUCUCAGCAUUUGUUUUCGGAACCGUUGGAGUGAUAUUCUUUUUGAUAUGGUAUUAUGAUAAGAAACAGACAGAAGAAAGCAAUAAAAGGAACGACACCUAUCGAAUGUCAGUAAUGAGGAGGUCUCAACAUAGCAAAAGAGAUAACAUGUUAAUUGUUUCAGCCUUGGAAUGGAUAGACAACAGAACCCGUCCCAGAAGAGUUAUCGUGAAAAUUGUUGACACCAGCAUUGAGCUGGAUGGUGUGAGUGGAGCUAGAUUGAGAUCUUUCACACUGAAAGAAGGUGAACAAAUAACUAUAUAUUAUGUAUCAGAUGAACCAACCUUAGUAAUACAGGCAAAAGAUAAAUAUGACCUAGUUCUGAAAUUUGAAACAAACUACCUACGUAAUCAGUUAGAAAGCAAAAUAGAAGAAAUAGUAACUAAACUGAACCUAAAACGGGAGAAGAUUACGAAAACGCCUUUCAAGUCAAUCAACAUUUGUUCCAAGAAAGACAGACAAGCCAAACUGGAAAUGUUCUUUAGAGUUGUCUUCGACCAGGCGUUCGAAAUGAACAAACUCAGCAACAAGGAGCUGUUAAACAUGGAUAGUAAGCAGGCAAAGGAAAUUGUACACUUCCAACUAACCCUCGAGGAAUUUGCUGAGUCCCUAAGAAUGAAACCCACCGACGAGUUCGUGAGGAAAUUGUUCUCUCUAACUGAUCACGACAAAAGUGGCACGAUAAACUACAGGGAGUUCGUGGAUUUACUCAUAAUUUUCGCUAAAGGUGAUGAAAGGAAAAAAGCAAAUUUGCUGUUCAAAAUGUACGACAUUGACAACACGGGGCAGCUGUCAAAACCUGAUUUAACGGCAAUGAUUAAGUCAUUUUUGGAGACAUGCGGGGGUAAAGUUCAGGACUCAGAUUUGGAAAAAUCCAUCCAACUAAUGUUAUCCAAGGCACGCGUGGACCAUAAGAGAAGUUUUACCUUUGAAGAUUUCCUUCAAAUAAUGGGUUCGGAAAUAAAAAUUUUGAACGCUGCCAGUUUAGGAUUUUCAGGUGUUGGAGAUACUCAUCUUCAACAUGUCGCUAAAGAAAUUGAAAGCAUUUAUGUAGGAAGAGAUUUAAAACGGUUCCAAGGUAAAGCACAAGAAGACAAUUCAACCAAUGUGAUUGACCAGGAACAAGAAAAUGCAACGAAAAUGUUCGAAAAGACUCAUUCAGAGCCCUCUUUCAUUGUCAAAUACAUCGAACUGAAUGCCCAACCUAUUUUCUAUAUGAUGCUGUAUACGUUGGUGUUGUUGGCAGUUUUUGCUGAAAGGGCCUAUUAUUAUUCGGUGGAAAGAGAACAUUCUGGACUUAGAAGAAUAGCAGGAUAUGGAGUAACAAUAACAAGAGGUGCUGCUUCUGCCAUGAUGUUUACGUACUCAUCCUUACUGGUCACAAUGUGUCGGAAUACACUUACUUUCUUGAGAACCACCCAUAUAAAUAAGUACUUCCCAUUUGAUUCAAUCAUUACGAUGCACAAGUAUAUCGGUAUAUGGGCCUUCAUUUUCACAUUGAUGCAUAUAAUAGGACACGCUUUUAAUUUCUAUCACAUCUCAACUCAAACUGCCGACGAUCUGACAUGCUUGUUCAGGAAUUUCUUCCAUGCGACUCAUGAACUUCCAAAAUUCCACUACUGGUGCUGGCAAACUAUGACAGGUUUCACUGGCAUUGUUCUAACGUUGAUUUGGGCAGUCAUGUAUGCUUUUACUCUUCCAAUAGUCAGAACCAAAAUUUACAAUUGGUUUUGGUACACCCACAACUUGUACCCUUUGUUCUUCAUCUUUAUGAUCCUUCAUGGCACUGGAAGGUUGAUUCAAGCCCCUUUUACCUAUUACUUCCUUCUUGGUCCAUUAAUUCUGUUCACAGUAGACACAUUAAUAAGUGUUAGCAGGAAGAAGAUCCAAAUUCCCGUGUUGAAAGCAGACAUAUUACCUUCAAAUGUAACCAUGUUGAAAUUUGCAAAACCUCGAGGAUUCCAGUACAAAUCUGGUCAAUGGCUCAGAAUUGCUUGCACAGCUCUUAACCACAAUGAGUACCAUCCAUUUACAAUAUCCUCAUGUCCACAAGAGAAGGAAUUGACUGUGCACAUAAGAUCAGUUGGUCCUUGGACGAAGCUGAUAAGAGAGGUGUAUCAAAAUGUCUUGCCUGAAAACGAACUACCAAAACUUUAUGUGGACGGCCCCUUUGGUGAAGGGCAUCAAGAUUGGUACACCUACGAAGUGUCCAUUUUUAUUGGUGGUGGUAUUGGAGUCACACCUUUCGCCAGCAUCUUAAAAGAUAUCACAUACCGCACAGACACCGACAUUUGCAAAAAGGUGUACUUUAUUUGGGUAGCCCGCACCCAAACCCAAUUUGAAUGGAUGCUGGACAUCAUACAAGAAGUCGAACAGAAGGACACGAAACAAUUAGUCAGUUGUCACAUUUUCAUAACUCAGUUCUACCAGAAGUACGACUUAAGGACCAUCCUGUUGUACAUUUGCGAAAAGCAUUACCAAAGAUUUUGCAAUAAAUCGAUGUUCACGAAUUUGAAAGCGGUCACUCACUUCAGCAGACCCAAUUUUAAUAAGUUCUUCAAGACGGUGGAAAACAUUCAUAACGAUGUUGAUCGAUUUGGAAUAUUCAGCUGUGGUCCACCAACUUUAACUCACAGUGUGGAACGGGCGGCAAAAGAUAUGAGCCAAACAGGAAAAAGAUUUGAACAUCACUACAAAAACUUUUAGUUUCACACUAAAAAUUUUAUUUUAUUUUGGACUUAACAUAAUGAACAAUUUAUUAUUACUGCAUGUUUUUUAAACUUGUGUUAUUUUUUUAUUUUUUGAUAAUAAAAAUGUGAAAUUAUAAUAAUUAUAUGAUAAUAAAAACAUAC